CGGGAGGUUGCUAUUAGAGGAGUGAGUUGCCUCAGAGUGUGGUGGGGGUCGUGUCUUGUACAGUGGGGGGUCUCCGUUGCUACGUGACCAGCUAGACUCAGCAUGCCCGGCGUGAAGCUGACCACCCAGGCCUACUGCAAGAUGGUGCUACACGGCGCCAAGUACCCGCACUGCGCGGUCAACGGGCUUCUGGUGGCCGAGAGGCAGAGGCCGCGCAAGGAGCAUCCGCCGGGCGCGGGCAGCCACACUCUCUUCGUGGACUGCAUCCCGCUUUUCCACGGCACGCUGGCCCUGGCACCCAUGCUGGAGGUGGCGCUCACCCUGAUUGACUCAUGGUGCAAAGAGAACAGCUAUGUGAUCGCCGGCUAUUAUCAAGCUAAUGAGCGUGUGAAGGAUGCCAGCCCAAACCAGGUGGCAGAGAAGGUGGCCUCCAGGAUCGCUGAGGGCUUCAGUGACACUGCACUCAUCAUGGUGGACAAUGCCAAGUUCACGAUGGACUGCGCGGCACCUACGAUCCAUGUGUACGAGCACCAUGAGAACAGGUGGCGCUGCAGAGACCCACACUACGACUACUGUGAAGAUUGGCCGGAGGCACAGAGGAUCUCAGCAGCACUCCUGGACAGCCGCUCCUAUGAAACACUCGUGGAUUUUGAUAACCACCUGGAUGACAUUCGGAAUGACUGGACAAACCCUGAGAUCAACAAAGCGGUUCUGCACCUGUGCUAGACGAGGGCCACCACAACUGGAGACUCUCCACUGCAGAGAAAAGAGAACCAUAUUUUUGAAUUUAGAGGAAUAGUGAGUUAGUCUGAUGGGAAGCUGCAAGUCUGUGAUGUGUGCCUUGGAAGGGGAGUCCAGUCGGCAUCCUUCAGGGCAGGGCUGUGGAGAGGUAUGGGCCACCUAGGCUUUGGGUUCUUAGUCCUGUGCUGCCCAAUGCUGCCCAUCAAAGCUCUUUCUGUUUGUUCCAGGUUGUUCCCAUUAAACAAUUCUAGUCUUUUAUAAUCUAGAGAGAAUGCAUUUCAGUCUUUACUCCGGUGAGUGUGUAAGUCUUUACUUGACUGAGCCAACUCCAGGCAUCCUGGCAUCAGGCAGCCUCAUGGACUGCUGCUGGCGCAUCAUCUGAUCAGCCAAGUUGGUACCGGGGCCGGGAGCUGUGGGCUCCACAAGGAUGCACAAGGGAAAGCCAGCACCGUUGCCUGAGAAACCUCACUGUACAGUGAACACAAGCACAUCGGUGAUGAGAGCAGAGAUCCCACGAGGAGAGGAAGCCAAGCCGUGAACAUUCCCAAAGCCUGACUCAGCUGCUCUAGGUCUUCAGAAUGAGAGCUACUUUGUAUUUAAAAUAAGCAAAAAACAAACAGAGAAAAAAAAAACCUUAGUGUCCAUCGUCCCUGGGAUAGCCCAAGCAAUGUGCUUGUUAACUUGGAUCAUUUGACCAAGUGUUCUGACCAUCUUAGGAAAUAGUAUACAGAUUUGUGGUACAUUGUGUAUUAUCCUUUGUGAAUGUUUUGCACAGAAAAUAGUGCCUUUCCUUGGGCUUCACGAGGCUGGUGACAAGGGUUGGUGACAGCAUUCCCCCCCUCACUUUCUAAGUGGGGCAGCUAGGGUGACUUUAGUGAGUGGACCCUGAUGGGUGUAGGACCUCUUGCCUUUAACUGCUUUUAUUUUGUUGCUCGUGUUUUUUGUUGGUUGGUUGGGGGAAGAGUUUAGUUUUGGUUGGUUCAGAAUAUCCUUUUGCCUUCCUGAUUAGCUUGGUGUUGACUGCAUAUGUGGAGGAAGGAGCCUGGCCUUGAAUGUGCAGUGAUGUCCCUCUGCCUUUGCUUCUCAAGUACUGAGAUCAGCACCCCUCCCAGAUCCCCUAGCCUUUUAAAUUGACAUUGUAUCUGGACAAAGGAGGUGUGAGGACCAGUCCCCAUGCUUCCUCACCCUCGUGCCCUCGGGGUUUUUCAGACUCAUCUGUUUCAGGACAGCCAUGGGCAUGUGUGGUCCCAGUCUUCCCUUGUCCCCCAGUACUACCUUGUUUAUUUUUUAGAUGGGAAAUUUCUUGAUGUUUCUGGGGUUGGGCAGCAACUCACAGUUCCUGUCCAAGUCAGUAUGACAGCCCAUACCUGUGUCCUAGCGAAGAAGGAAAAGGAGUUAAGUACAAUUCUUCAUGAGUUUUAGGCCAACUUAGGCUAGAGUGAGAACAUGUUCUGAAAACAAAAUCUGAAGCAGGAGGCAGAUCCCCUUCAUUGUGUUCAGACACAGCUCCUUAAGCUAUGGCUGGCAAGUGCUUCUGAUGGGCUUCGUUCAUGGGAGCAGAACACAGGCUUCAGCACCCAACCUCAGGUGAGUAUGUUCACCUCUCCUACCCAUCUGCCCUAGUUAUUGUUGCUGUGAUAAAGCACCAAAAGAAUUUGGGGGAGGAAAUGGUUUAUUUCACCGUUAACUCUGGAGGCAGGAACUGAAGCAGAGGCCACGGAGGGGCUGCUUACAAGGCUUGCUUUCUUAUAUAACUCAGGACCGUAUGCCCAGGGAGAAAGCCAUCCACAGUGGGCCCCCUCCAUCAAUCAGUAAUCAAGAAAACAGCCCACAGACUUUUCCACACUCUAAUGGCAGCAGUUCCUCAAUUGAUGUUCCCUGUUCCCAUGUGACUAGUUUAUGUCAAGUUGACAAAACUAGACUACAAUGUUUUAGUUGGAGUUCUCUGGAGAAAACAACUGAUGAGGCAGUAUAUGUAUAUAUAUAUAUUUUUUUACAUAAUAUGUAUCUUUAUGUGGAAUGGGAUUUAUUAGAGUCACAGGUAAUAGUCCAACCAUUCCAACAAUGGCUGGCUCCCAGGGGAUAGUCCAAGAAUUCAGUGUUCCGUCCACAAGGCUGAUGUCUCAGCUAGUCCUGAAUGUAUACACUGAAAUCACAAAGAAGUAGGCUUUAAUGCCAGAGAAAGAGUUAACUUGCCAGUGAGGACAAAGGGAAGGUAGGCGGGCAACAAGCAAAAGCUUCCUUCCUUGUUCUUCAUAUAGACUGCCACCAGACGGUGUGGAUCUUCCCGCCUGAAAUGGCGAAUCAAGAAAAAUCCCUCACAGAUGUAACCAACGGCUUGGGUUUAAUUAGUUCCAGAUGUAAUCAAGAAUAGCCAUCACAAUCAGACAAUUGACCCCUUGCCAGUUUGAUACACACGGCACUAUUAAACCAUAACCUUUUCUUGUUUAUCCCCAAGUUGCUUUUGAACCACUUUUAGCACAGCAAUGGAAACAAAACUAGAACACCAUUAAAAAGUAUACAUAUAGUACAAACUAUUAAUAUAAAAUUUUCUUAAACAUUCCAAAAAAACUAAAGGAUUUUGAAGGUCUCACCAUAAGGCACUGGUGAAAAGAUGUCUAACCUGCUUUAAAUGUGCAGAGUCUGAGUGUAUUGAAGCAGCCUGUUGUAGGAAUUUGUAUAGGUUUAAUUUUUUUAAUAAAUUUUCCACUUAAUUUUUAUUGAUUUUUUUUUGAGACAGAAUUGGUCUAGAACUUGCUGUAUAGACCAGGGUGGCCUCAUACUCAAAGAUUCACCUGCCUCUGCCUCCUGAGUCUAUAAUUGCCUUUAAGAAUUAAGGAUACUGCUGGGCAGUGGUGGCAUAUAUACCUUUAUUACAAACACUGGGAAAGCAAAGCCAGGUGGAUUUGUGAGAGUACAUGACAGCCUUUAAUCUCAGCAGAGGCAGGUGGAUCUCUGUGAGUUCAAGACCAGCAUGGUCCAUGAAAGCUAUUUCCAGGACAGUCUCCAAAGCCACAGACAAACCCUGUCCCAGGAAAAAAAAAAAAAAAAAAAACAAGAAAUAGUACUGAAGGAUGCUCAUAUGGAAAAACAGUCAACAGCCUCAUCAGAAACUGUUUGCUGCUUAGAUAAAACUGACUGUUAAUUUAGAGGUGUGUGGGGUAUUUGCCUAAACCAGAUGUGUCCAGUGCCCAUGCUAUAGGAAGCUUGGAAAUCCUGGGGAAUAUGGCUCAGCAGAUAAAUGCACCUUUCAAGUCUGGUUCUAUGCCUGGGACCCACAUGUUGGAAAUGCAUAGGUUGUCCUCUGACCUCCACAUGUGCACAUAAUUGAUAAAUAAAUGUUAUUUUUAAA